AUGCCAAUUGCCAACGCAUAUAAAGAGGCCGUACAAAAUAUUAUCAACAAGCUUAAUGCAGAGGUCACUCCUACAAAGCCCCGGAGGCAUCUAUCCACCAUGUUUUUGGACCUUCCAGACCCAACAACAUACGGCGACUACUAUACCAUCAUCACGGAGCCUCGGAGCAUCAACGGUGUGCAAGAAAAGCUACAAAAGAAUAGAUAUCGCAACAUAUUGGAUGUGUUGAACGAUCUGUACCUGACAUUUGCCAAUGCCUUGCACUACAACGAAGCGUCGUCGCAGAUUGCAAAGGAUGCCACUGUUCUUCAGGAACUGUUUCUGAAAUUGUGGAAAGACGACCCCUACCUUCCUAAUGCACAACCGACAAAACAACCUGGCCGCAAGCCAGGGUUUCGAACGGCACCUCUUCCACGAAUGUCAUCCUUUGCUCCCCCAAUGAGACACUUUAAUUCCAUCCAACCUGCGUAUCCCACUGCGUUGGCCACCAUUCAGCUCAAGCCUAUUGGAAAACCCCCUCCACCAAUUAUCGCCCCAAGGUUACAGCCUUUACCCAAACGAAAACGCCGGAAAGUCGUCGCCAAGAGCGAGAUUGAAGCCCCAGCAGCUUCAGCUUCUCUCCAAACGCCGAGACGUCCUGGAUCACCCGCGUUCUCGGAAGUGGACUUGACGCAUCCGUAUGAUGGAGAGGAGAAUGACCCGGAUAUUCCGCAGGCUCAUCUCGCAAAUGAUAUGGAUACGGACCUCGUGCUCAAUAGGCUUGAACAGAGUCUUCCUCUCUGGUCACCGUGGCAUGAUGAUGAUCCGGCUUCCAGACCUGGUUGGAUGACUGUAAGCAACCACGAGGAGCUACAAAGGAGGCUGGAAACAGUUGUUUCUAUUCUGGGAGCUUAUAACAACGGUGCAGAAAAUAAACCCAUCGCUGCACUCGAGAAUAUUCCGGCUCAACCUGAGCCCAAAACAACGCACAGUGACGCCCUUAGCUGGGAAGUUAUCACCAGCCGGGUCAUACAACGCCACUAUCUGUCUUCUGUACAGUUUGAAGUCGAUCUGUUCCGCCUUUUUGAAAAAGCACGACGUCACUACAAGCAAUUUAGCCCAGAGUAUUCCUCAAUCAUGAUUUGUCAGAGACUCGCCAACUUGCUGACCUCCCCAAAUUAUCAUCAAUUAUUGGCCACGCCGCUGACCUUACCUUCUUUGCCCGCCCCUCAGACUGCUCAGCCGCGGAAACAUAUUGUUGACGGAAUUGUGGUGGAUAAUCCAACCGGGUCGACUUCAUACGAUGUUCAAGCAAACGGCAGAAUGGCUAUGAAUUCUGUCUUCUCAAAGGGCAUCGAGUACCGUGUUGGCGACUUUGUGCAUCUGUUCAACUCGGAAGACAUGUCUCACCCUCUUGUUGGGCAAAUAUGGGCAUGUUGGACAGACGGAGCUCACUCUACGUUCACGGUGUGUUGGUACCUCCAUCCAGAUCAGACAACACACACUCCGGACCACCCGUUUUAUGAAAACGAAGUAGUGAAAACUGGCCUCUAUGUAGACUACUCUCCGGAGGACAUCGUCGAGAAAGUUGCAGUGCAGUUUUUCCCUCACUACUUCACCGGUAGACCGAGGCCACCUCACUGGUAUCCUUCAUGGCCGCUCUACAUGUGCGAGCAACGAUACGACGAUCGGAGUCGAACGUUCCGCCGAAUUGCCAAACCCGAGCUCUGCUUUCCACACGCACUGAGGAAAAAUGGCGCGACGAGUCGCUCUAAUUCGAUUAUUCGCGCUCAUCUUUAUCAAAAUCCAGGAUUGGACGUGCUGCAACCAAUCUUUCCCUUUGAGAGGCUUGUUCUGCCGCUCCGUAAGUCUGGUCCUAACGCGGGGCCACGACGAGCUGCUUCAACUGGGCCGACAAGCUUCACGAUUGGGCCCGCUGAAGCAAAGGAUGUACAAAUGGCGAGUGCCUCCAACGGCUUUGAUUAUGGACGAGGUCGACCGAAGCGGAUGGCCGCGGUCAAAGCUGCAAGUGCCGUAGGGCCUCCCGUACCGGGCUCUACGACUGGUUCUGCAUUAUCAUCUACAGGAAAUCCUGCAGCUGGCGUCACGAAUACUGCACCGGGAGAUAGGACCGUCAUUUCAGCUGCAGGAGGAGGGAUAAUUACAUCUGCAAACGUUGAAAAGCUCACUUCAGAAACUACGCAUCACUUUGACCGUGACCCUGUGACCGAUGAGAUGCUUUGGUUUUCCGGUGCACCAUUGGAUGUGGCAAAGCCUCAUGGCCUCCACUACAGUCUGGAUUAUCUCUACGAGAUAGCACUUAGACAAAAACGUCAAGCCGGUGUGGACGGUGUUGAAGACUCUAACGUUCGUCGAACUCGGGUCGUCCCACCGACUGCAAGCGAACUUUGGUAUCAAGUGUCUCAGGGUACUUCGGCUUGA